UGUUCUGUUCUAUUCAAAACCAAGGAGGGAAAAGGGGAAAAAUCAAACAUUUUUUUGUUGACUUGUUAAUCUGUUUGUCAGUAGUGCCUAUAGCAGGGCUCAACUAACAGCUAAGAAAUCAACUAUAUCAAGACUUUUUAGUUAUUUUUGGGAUCCAGAUUUGAACCAUCUUGGGUUGUUUGGUGUGGUGAGAAGUGGCAUCAUCAUUGCUCAACGUGUGCUCCACAGGGAGCCCUUCCAGGGUGCUCUGUCCCUUCUUGCUGUGGAAGAAACUCUCUCUGGUCCCAAGUGUUAACCUCCUUUCUCUGGGAGGUUGAAAGAAAAGAUGGUUUGAUCUCCAAGCAACACUCUGUGCCAAAAAAAUGGUUUCUGUGCAAUAAUCCUAGAAAGGAGAUCCGAUCCAAGGAAAUAAGAUCAGACCGGAAUGAGAUAACAUCAGCCAAAGAAAUGGUGCCGGAAUUAACAAUAAGGAAAACAAGCACCAGAUGUAUUCAGUACGUGUGAAAGCUGCAGGGCCUGUUGGGCUGGUCCCUGCCCAGUCAGCUGUGGAGAAACACACCCAGGAGAAAGCCUGGCUCAACCCCACGGGCACACAGAGCUCAGCUCUGCCAUCACCUUCACCAGGAAGGCUGCAGGUAUCCAUGUGCAGCUGAGUAGGUCUGGCUGAGCCCAGCACCUGCAGAGCCUUUGCCGGAAAAUAAAGGUUUGUCCCUGAGGCAAUCUGCAUGUGGAAACUACCUCCUCCGGCAGAGAAAAUGGGCCAGAAGGUCUCCCAGGAGGACAACCAGGAGAACAAGGCUGAAACUCUGGUCAUCUGUGAAGUCUUCAGCCAGGGUGUGCUCCAUGCAUCUCGAAAGCUGGAAGACUAUCUCGGUUUUGUGGAUCCUCAAAGCAAGUUCAAGCCAGCCACAAACACGCUGAGUGAGAUCUUCCUGGUCAACUUCAUCAGCUUCUGCAUGGGAAAGGGCAUGGAGGAGCAGAUCAUGACCAGCAAAAUGACCAAGCAGCAGUCCUCCCUGUUUGGAGUGGACUGGAUCUGGACUCUGUGUGGGUCUGACAAGCAGAUCAAGCUCCAGAUCGCCGUGCAGGCUUUGCAGCCGGCCGAGCUCUUCCACGGCGAGGGUCCUGCCGAGGAUUGCUGCCGGGAGGCUGCGCUGGCCGACGAGUGCUUCCAGAACAUGAGCAGGUUUGAGAAGCUGGCUGAGUUCUGCCGCCUGGUGGGACGGGACUGCCUGGGCUUGUUCAUCGUGUUCGGUGUGCCGGGGAAGCCCAAGGACAUCCGAGGAGUCCUGCUGGACAGCAUUGCCAAGGAGGAGCAAAAAUGCCACCUGUCGGGCAGGAACGCGCUGCGGCAAUUUGUCACCAGCACUGACAGCUCCCUGCCCACAAAAGACAUGUUGGAAAAUUGCCUGGGCACCAGAAAUGGGCUGAAGGACAUGGGCAAUGUGUACAUAAACUUUGUGUGAGCAGCUGGGCAGGAGCAGUGUCUCCGUGCAGCAGUAAGGUCCUCGCAGGGCUCAGCUCUGCCCCCCUCUCUUUCCUCCCCACACUCUAUUCCUUCCACCUUCCCCUCAACCCAUGGUGUUCCCUUAGCUCCUGCAGAAGCCAGGCUGAGUCAGCCUCUCCAGGUUUUAAAACACCAGGGCAGACCUGCCAGAAAAAUGUGUUUAUAGAAGGCAUGACGUUUUUCCAGAACAUUUUGUUCGCCAGACAUUAAGUCUUGGCUGGAGCUGCUGAAAGCUUUAUCAGCCAGAGCUCUGGGGAGGUCCUGGUGGAUUUGACCCAGAGCCUUUGUUUGCUGUGUGGCAGCUUUUUUCUGUCCUAGGAGGGUGAGCCUGUACUAAUGGAAAUGUGCUGGUGCUGGUCAGAAGAGCUGCAAUGAGUGUGAAGGACAAUACCAGGCCUUAAAAUGACUGAUUGGAAGGAGUGAGCUGGUUUCAAUUAAGAGGAAAAGCCCUGCCCAGUGCUAGAAAUGGACUCUGAGAGAGAAUUACUAAUUACCUGCCCCACCGUUGGUGCCAGGCUCCACAGGGCCUUGAAGCUGUGAACCAAAGGCAGGGUUGGGGCCAACUGCAAAGCUUUUCGCACUGAAUGGCUGUAUCAGGGCAAGGUAGGGGGCAUAUGUUAAAGAACGCUUGGUAAAAAUCAAACAAUGGGGACAAAAACCAGGCCUGAUGUGGGUGGGACCUUAUCACAGCAACAGAGGCAGCCCCUGACCAUGCACAGAAGAGAGCAAACCUGGAAGAGGCAAGCUUAUUUCACUUGGAAUUCCUCUUCAGUAGUUUAGCAGCUGAUGGUAUUUAUGGGCUUGGUUUAUUCUAUUUCCCUCAGCUUUUACUGGACUAAGUGAGGCUUUUGGGUUGGUUAUACAAUUACAAUUACUUGCUUUACUGUUAACCAGUGAAAGAGGGCCUUAUCCACAUUCAGUCUGGUAAACCCACUUUGGGUAUAGCUGUCUGAAUAGUCUUGUCAGUACAAAACUCAUCUGACUAAUUUUCAUAUAAAUUCAGUCAUUUAACAGAAUAAAAAUAAUUUUGAAAACACAUUCAUCUUCCACUAUUUACUAUUUGAGUUGUAAAAUGGGGGCAGCUGUGAGAGCUGAGAAUCAGAGGCUGUUACUUAACAAGCCAUUUAAAAAGAGCCUAAGGAGGCUGAGACAUCAGUGCCACAAGUAUUUGCAGCAUUCCAUGGCAGAGGCAGGGAAUCUGAAAGGGGAACUGAAGUAAACACAGAACUGUGACAUUUUUGCUGAGUCACAAACAUAGCUGGGUUUGGAGAAGGGUGACCUUUCAGUGCUGAAACAGUUCAUUGAGAUAGAACUGUUUUUAAAGAGAUGCUGUCACUGUAUUCUGUGUGUGUGGCUGGGUUUGGUGGGACAGAGGAGACAGUUCUGGUGUGCUGCAUAGAGAAUCUGCAUAGCUGUGGGGGAUUGGGAUUUUUUGCCUGUUUAAACUAGCAGAAUAAUCAACACUGCAGCAGGAUUGAUACUGGCUUAUAAAAAACCUGCAGAAAACUAAUUUUGGAUUAAAUUGGUAUAUUCUAACUAGUAUGAUUUCACCUAUCCGGUUCUUUAGAAAAGCUGGCUCACUAGAAAACUGGGCCUUUUUUCCCUUGCAUGCUUUCUCAAUAAUAGAAAGGGAAGGGGAAAAUCCAAGUGUCUUGAGUGUAUAGAGUUUUAACUGUGAGAGUUACUCACAGGGGCAGUUGUUUUGAUUUGAUUUGUGUCUCUCAAAGGGCUCUGGUAACUCAGAGAUGUCACAUAGCCUUGCUAUGUUAUUUUGGGAGCUGGGUUAUGUUUCCCAGGCUGCACCACACUUUGGCCCUUUCCCCUGUGGGCUUUAGCUCAGGCCCCUGGGCCCUCAGCCAUGGUGGGAAUUGGCCAAGUCUCUGGAUUCUGGUUAACAACAGUGAAAAGUAUUUAACCAUGGAACUCUAUGUUCAUCCACUGAGCCAAGCUGGAGCCUCAGCUCAGGUGACUCACAGCCAUCCCCAGGCUUCUGUGACUGCAUGUGCUGAUGGACCAGCUAAGGUGCAGCCCCCAGCCCCUGAAAUCCCAGGGCAGUUUGUGUGACAGCAUGACACAAGGUUUGUCCUGAAUUCUGAAGAACCUGGAAUUCACACCUUUGUUCCUUAGCAGUGUUUUCUGUUCAGAUUUCCCUCUGAACACUCACUGCUGGGAUACACAGGGGAAAGCCCUGUCCCUGUGUUGUAGUUGAUAGCCUGAAAUGUAUUUUUUCCUAUCUUUUAGUUGUGAUUUCCACCCCCCAGCUUUUCUUUCCCCUAACUGUUUACCUGGUGUCAAGUUACCAUGGUUACCGAAGUUUCUCUCCUCGGCCCCACGGCGAGAGGCCGGAUAGAGUAAAGAGAAGACCCUGCUGGCAUUUCCAGCUGCUUGAAGUUUCUUUAGCCCAGAAAAACACGGAGUUGGGAGAAGAGAACCCUUCUUUCCAACACGGAAGUUUGUAACUUUUCCCUGUCCCAGAAUGCCUCUGAGCUAUGGAAGCUGAGAGGGCAUGCUUCCCUUCCCUUCCCUUCCUUUCCCCCCUGUGUUGCCAGAAAACAAAGCCCCCCCUCUCUCCCCCUC